AUGGGCAAGAAUACCGCAGUGAUCCCUGACGCCUGGGAGGAUGAUUGGGAGGCUCAGGCAGACAAGAUGGCCAGUGAACCCGAACAGCCAACACAGCCAGUGCCUUUGUCCAAAUCGGAGCGCCUGGCGCAACACGCUGAGCAGAAUCGCAAGUUGUGGGAAUCUGCCGACACACCACAAACCUUCCACUACAUCGAGGCUGGUUCAAACUCGGGAAUUCCUCUCACAACCCCGUUCAAACCACAAGUCAAAGUGCUUAGCCGAAAGCCCAUCAUCGCCAAGCGCGAUGCUACAGCAGGGAUGUCCAGCCUUUCAUUAGAUGACGAUAACGAAACAAAGAAGGAGGUGCCGAUGAGCCCAGAAGAAGUGCGAGCAAAGCAGAAGCGAGACAGAGAAGAAAAGCAACGUCGAUACGAAGAAGCCAGAGCCAAGAUCUUCGGAGAAUCAACACCAUCCUCAGGAGCCUCAUCACCUGGCACAGUCACCCCGCCCAAGAUAGAUGGAUACGCUGGUCGCGGCCGUGGCCGAGGAAGGGGCGGUUACAGGAAUAACGACACGCGACAGAUCGAAAACCGCCAGCCUGAAAAUCGUGCGUUUGAUGCCCCACGAAGAAUGCAGAACAUGUCAGGCUCGGGGCGCGAACUAUUCGACCCCAACUUCAGCCCAAAACCCGAACAUCCUCCUCAAAGACGCCAGCCAGAUCAUCCAUCACCUGGUAGGAGUGCAACUCCUCGAGAUGAGCAGCAGCAAUUGCAACCACGGGCACCAAUUCGAUCACCAAAAGGACCAGACGGAAGUGGCCGAGGAGGAUUCGGGUUCGCUCAUCGAGGCAACAGGGGCAGUUGA